ACAAGAUAACCAUGGCUACUUUGAUAAGCACUAUAGUGACGAUUAUGGUAGCUAUCGCGACGAGUUGCAUGAUUAUGAUGAUGAUGUUCAUCCCCGCUGCCGCCGCCGGGGAUUUCAACCGGGAUUUCGACAUCACGUGGGGGGACGGACGCGCAAAAGUGCUCAACGGCGGCCGCCUCCUCACCCUGUCCCUCGACAAAACCUCCGGCUCCGGCUUCCGGUCCAAGAACCAGUACUUGUUCGGGAAGAUCGACAUGCAGAUAAAGCUCGUCGCCGGUAACUCCGCCGGCACCGUCACCACCUACUACCUAUCCUCAUUGGGGUCAACACAUGACGAAAUUGAUUUUGAGUUCUUGGGAAAUUUAAGUGGAGAUCCUUACACCCUCCACACCAACAUAUUUGCUGAAGGAAAAGGAAAUAAGGAGCAACAAUUCUACUUGUGGUUCGAUCCAACCAAGGGUUUCCACACCUACUCCGUCCUCUGGAAUCCUCAUACCAUCAUAUUUUAUGUGGACGGGACGCCAAUAAGAGAGUUCAAGAACUUGGAAGCCAAGGGUGUCCCAUUCCCAAAGAAGCAGCCGAUGUGGGUCUACUCGAGCCUCUGGGACGCCGAGGAUUGGGCCACAAGGGGCGGCCUGGUAAAGACCGAUUGGAGCCAGGCCCCAUUCGUCGCCUCCUACGCCAACUACGAGGCCCAGGCCUGCGUUUGGUCUCCUUCCACGACAACCACCUCUUGCUCCGACUCUUCCAAUGCGAACAGUAGCUCGUGGCUCUCCCAAUCCUUGGACACCGACGGCCAAGCUAAGAUCAAAUGGGUUCAGCAGAACUACAUGAUUUACAACUACUGCACCGAUUCCAAACGCUUCCCUCAAGGAUUCCCCGUCGAAUGUUCCUCCUAAUAGCAGAUGCAGAGCUUCAUCACCGUUACUGCUCAUGCUCUCAACUAUA